AUGGUCCCUUGUGCCUCCUACGUGAUCACAGACCUGACGCAGCUGCGGAAGAUCAAGUCGAUGGAGCGGGUGCAGGGCGUGAGCAUCACGCGGGAGCUGCUGUGGUGGUGGGGCAUGCGGCAGGCCACCGUCCAGCAGCUGGUGGACCUCCUGUGUCGCCUGCAGCUCCACCGCGCAGCCCAGAUCGUUCUGAACUGGAAACCAGUUCCUGAAGUCAAGUCUUCUUCCCUAGACUUCCCGGAUGCUGCAAAGCCAGGAAGGCUGCUGGCAGCUUCUGUGAGAAACACUGAAGAUGAACAGGAAAAGGGGCCAUCCGUGAGGCCAGAUGCCUUUCCAAGUCCAGGGCCCGCUCCAGCCAGAGCCAACCUCCUGCCUCCUUCUACAGAUGCCCCUCAUUCCUUAAAAACCAAGUCAGCUGACUUUCCUGUUUCACCUGAUUCAAAGCUAGGGCCUGGGGGCCUGGGGUUGGGGUGA